UUAGGAGAGAAAGGAGGCCUGGUCUCAGUUGGCUAUGGAGAUGACGACUUCACCCGCCUGGACGGCGACGAGGACGGGUAUGAGGAAGAGGAUGAUGAGAACAGCAGGCAGUCAGAAGAUGACGAUUCAGAGACUGAAAAACCUGAGGCUGGUGACCUAAAGGAAUUCUCAGAACUGGAGAAAAGAGAUCCUCAGGAGCUAGUUGCGUCUUUUUCAGAGAGAGUGCGGAACAUGUCUCCAGAUGAGAUCAAAAUCCCUCCUGAGCCUCCUGGCAGAUGUUCGAACCACUUACAGGAUAAAAUUCAAAAGCUGUAUGAGAGGAAAAUAAAAGAGGGCAUGGAUAUGAACUACAUCAUUCAGAGGAAAAAGGAGUUCCGCAACCCCAGCAUCUAUGAAAAGCUGAUCCAGUUUUGUUCUAUUGAUGAACUCGGUACAAAUUACCCGAAGGACAUGUUUGAUCCUCAUGGCUGGUCAGAAGAUUCAUAUUAUGAGGCACUAGCUAAAGCCCAGAAGAUAGAAAUGGACAAAUUGGAGAAGGCCAAGAAGGAACGCACAAAGAUCGAGUUUGUGACUGGCACUAAAAAGGGUACAACAACAAGUGCCGCUUCUACAACCACCACAACGGCCAGUACCACCGUGGGAGAUGCCCAGAAGAGGAAGAGCAAGUGGGACUCGGCCAUCCCUGUAACGACGAUAGCUCAGCCCACCAUCCUCACCACUACUGCAACGCUGCCGGGCGUUGUCACAGUGACAACCAGCGCGAGUGGAUCCAAAACGACAGUCAUAUCGGCUGUUGGCACCAUUGUGAAAAAGGCAAAGCAGUGACUGCAGUGCUGGGCCUGGAUUUUCGGACUUAAUUGUCAUUGAAGCCAUUGUUCUUGGAAGGGAGGGGUAGCUUUUGCCUUUGGUAAACGAUGACAAGAUUCUUUGAAACAGACCACAGUUCCCAUUUGAAAGAAUGGGGGCAGGAGCAGGCAUGCCAGCUGUGUGCCCACAGGAAUGGACCUCUGCCGAAAAUGCCUCU